GUCUGUGCGCCUGCACGCAGCUCUGCCUCCCGUCACUUGCGUCCGAACGACGGAUGGGAGCGCAGACGGCGCGGAUGUGGCCUCUCUAUUUUGUUAUUGACGUUUCCAGACAUCCGCAGAAGCCUGCGUGGCCCAAUUGCGACGCAAAUUCUCCUUUAAAUUGAAUCUUCUUUUGUCCGUGUGUGCAUGUGUGUGUGUGUGUGUGUGUUGUGUGUGUGUGUGGUGCCGUUUCUUUCUGCGUGAUACCGGAUCGGGAUGUAAACACGCCGGCCUGCAUGCGCUCAUGAUCGGAGGCGAGGUGAGACUGAAUCCCCCCGACUCGGAUUAUCACCCGCGAUCGCAACUUGAUUUGAUUUCCCCAGAUCUGGAACUGUGAGCUCCAAUGGCGUCAGUUUCGAAGGUGUCUAUUUUGGAUUACUUUAAUAUUGUGUUUGAAGGGGAAAAUGGCAAAAUCGAGUCAAACUGCAAGGCUUGUGGCACCAGAAUCCAGGCGAAACGGAGCGUUACGUCCAACUUCGUCACGCAUCUAAAGCGUAAGCACCCGGUUAUGUAUGAUGACUUUGUGAAAAGGAAGGAUAUGAAGAGAGAGGGUUAUUGCUCCGCUUCCCUGCACAGUUUCACCACCAAUGGAGGAAACACCCGAUACACUCUCCCCAUCAGUGCUGGAGCAGGAGGAGGUGGAGCAGUGGCAAGUGUUGGAGGAAUGGGAACUCUUGAGGGAGGAGUAGGAGGAGGCUCUGGAGGAGGGGUGACCAAGUUUGACAAACAUGACCCACGUCAGGUUCUGAUCUCUGAGGCGAUAGCUAAGAUGAUUGUGCGGGAUCUGCAGCCUGUGUCCAUAGUGGAAAAUCAAGGGUUCAGAGAGUUGCUUCAGCUGCUGGAGCCCCGUUACACUCCCGAGUCCCAGCGCUACAUCCAGAGCCAACUCCUUCCAGCCUAUGCCUACCAGGCUCAGCUGGCUACCCAUCAGGCCCUGGCAUCAGCACAAGCACUUAGUCUCAGCCUGGAUCUCUGGAGGGGCUCACCUGGAACCGCGUCAGGGUACCUUGGUGUCACCUGCCAUUUCCUUUCAUCAGACUGGCAGAUGCACUCAGCUCUCCUGGCUUGCCUCCCUCUGACCGGGGGUAGCUCUGGCAGCCGCGUGAUUGCAGAUUUUGAUGAAGUAUGUCAGUCUCACGGUGUGUCGGGGAGGGCCUUCCGUGUUGUUGUGGACCCUUUCACAGCAGCAACGACAACCAUGAGGCCAUGCUGUCUUCCUGGUUUCCUGGUUCCACCUGUUCUCACAAAUGGACAAUACGGAGAUAAUGCGGAGGCAUUGGACAAUGGUAACGAUGCGGAGCAAGGCAUCAAGAAUGGCCACAGUGAUGGCAGAGAAGAGGGAGACUGGGAGGAGUCGUGGGAGCAGGGUUUGGGUGUGUCCCGGGUAGAUUGUUUCUCCCGCUCUCUGGAACAGUGUGUCAGAGAAGGGCUGCGCUCCUGUCCACAGAUCUCUGCCACACUGGCCAAGACCUCCCAUUUUUACAACUACAUUACUUCGGCUGUGCCUCUUGAGAAACUUAGCCAGGUGUUCGAUGGGAUGAUCAUCGGGGGAGCAGGAAAUAUCCCAGAUGCUGCACGAGACUGGGCUGCACAGCUCAAGGUCCUUCGGCGGCUUCUGGACUCAGUGGAGUUCCUGGAGGAGAUGAGCGGUCCAGGGGAGCUGGCACUAGGUGGCACUGAGAGAGCCCUGCUGAGGGAACUCACUGACACUUUGGAGCCCUUCACUGAAGCCUGGGAUAUGGUGCACGGAGAGAGACAGGCAGACAUACAGGUGGACAGACACGUGUCCAUCAGCCUGGCUCUGCCCUGUGUUCUGGGCCUCCGUAAGCACCUCUCUGAGACAUCGACCCCCCACUGCCCUGCCCUCCAGCUGGGCCUGAGCCAGGCUGUGGAGCACCUGUUGGCCCCUAUCCUGGAGAACCCCCUCUACAUCACUGCUACUACCCUGGACCCCCAGUUCAAGCUCACGUGGAGCAGCAACCCCGACUGGCACAGACAAGUUCUCGUAGAGGAGUUGUCCAAACAUUCCCCAGUCUCCAGCCCAGUGGAUCUCAACACAGACCUUCAUCCUCAGUCCCAGACUCUUCCUGUCCCGGCACCAUCUCCUGUCUCCUCACUUUCUCGGCCCUGCAAGUUGUUCUCUUUCAUCAAGCAGAGACCCGCAACACAAGCUAAAAGCCUGGAGCAGGAGCUGGCUGUCUACCUACGCGAGGAGCCCACAGAUGAGGAGGCUUUACAUUACUGGCGCCGUAAAGCUAUUGACUUCCCUCUGCUCGCUCAGGUGGCCAAAAGAGCAUUUACCGUACCUGCUUGCAGCACAGUGGUGGAGAGCAUUUUCAUUACUGCUGGGCACCUCCUCCUGCCGGAGAGGGGCUGUGUCAUACCAAAAAACCUGGAGACGCUCAUCUACCUCAAAGCCAACUACAGAUUAUUAUGGACUUAGAGCUUACAAUCAAGCAUUUCUUUGACCUAAAUAGCAACUGGAGGUUUUUUACCUGCAGAAAAAUUAUUUCUUGGAUACAAACCUUUGUUGCUCGUUGAGGAAACCGAGCCUCACAUAAUGCUUUUACUGCAGACCAUUUGUUAUGAGAUUAAAAGAACUACAGUUUGCAUUCUUGAAAUGGAUGCAGGUGUGGAUUGCCUGCAUACGGACCAUCACACCACACGCUGUUGACUGUGGGGGCUAGAAGCAGAUCAAUACUAAAGCAUUCAGUCUGACAUUACUUUCCCUGAUCAGGGUCUCUAGACAUCUACAAAGCUUCUACUCUCUGUUUCUCCAAUGUGAAAGACAGUUUGUGUCUGCACUAGCAAACACUGGCAAAGCAAUGAAAACCAAAUGGCCAAUUAUUGCGUACUGUAGCACCGGAUUUAUUUUCACUUAUGCACAAUAAGCCCGGAAGCUGCCAUUACUUCAUGAAUGUCAUUUUUCAUGGAUGGCAUCUACAGCUAAACAAAUAUAUCCAUGCAUCAUCCACUUAUUGUUUUCCUCUGUGUAUGUGUGCCUCAUCACUGGGCUGUUUCAAUAAACAGGUUUCACUUUUUAAUGCAGAGCUGCAGGCAGUUGGCAGCUGUGAGUUUUUAUGUCAAAUUUUCCCCUUCCAGAGUCUUCAAAAACUGAAACCGGUUUCACCAGGACUUUUUCUUUCUUUCUUUAUGGCUCCGGCCUCCAUCCGCAACAGAAAGCUGGAAGAGAAUAGGUGUUUGUGGUAUGUCAGAAAUGUGGUAUUGACUAACCUCGGAGCAAUAUUUUAAGACCACGUUGCUGGGCGCCACUUUGAAGGAGAAACAU